AUGUCUUUUUUUGUUUAUCGCUCGCUGACUCCUAACAAAAGACGUAUUCGUCUUAUUCAAGUUCUGCCAGAAGUCUAUCGUCCUUCAAGCAAACAGAGCUUCAAUAGUCCUCUAAACGACAUCAUUACGAACAGCUUAGUAUGCUGCACUAUCGCGCAUGUCUCCCUUGAUGAUCCGCCGCCCUACAAUGCACUUUCAUACAAUUGGGGGGACCAAACUCGGCGGAGCGAGAUCCUGCUCGACGGUGCUAGAAUUUCCGUUACCGCAAAUCUCGAAACAGCACUCCGUCAUCUACGCCUACAAGACAAGCCUCUUACUCUAUGGAUCGAUGCUCUGUGCAUUGAUCAAGAGGACGAUGUGGAGAAAAGCGAACAAAUAGACCAGAUGCGACAAAUAUAUGCUCGAGCGUUCUCAGUCACCAUUUGGCUAGGCCCGGCUGCAGAUGAUAGCGACGUCGCGAUGCGAUGGAUUCAGCGAUAUGGUGGACAGGCACUGGAGCUCGGCAUAGGGUCUCGACCGGAGCUACAACUUCGCCACCUCCUGAAGACAGUCGACUCACCCAGGGCAGCACCUAUCGAUGAGAAAACCCUAGAAUUUGUCGCAGAUCUCAAGAUACAGCUGUCCCAGAAUGGUGCUGAGCAACUUAAGCGUAUCAAAGCCCUGGAUUUGCUGUUCAGACGCCCUUAUUGGAGCCGCGUCUGGGUAGUACAAGAACUAAUCAGUGCUUCCGAAGCGCAUUUUAUAUGUGGUUUAGAGAAAGUGGCAGAGGAGGCCUGUCACCAUGCCUUAAGGUUGUUGAGAAAUUACAGGCGCUAUCAGAUCCUGAGAUUCGGCCAGAACAAAUCACCGCAGGACCCCCUUUGGACUUCGCUUGUUUCCCUUGAUACUCAUGAUCCCAUCGCGCUGCUAAAGUUCCGAAGAGCCGCCAGCCCAUUCCCACUUGUGUAUUUGCUGCGUAGCCUGCGCAAGUUUGGAGCCACAGACCCUAGAGACAAGGUAUUUGCGCUGCUAGGCAUCGCGAGCGAUGCGAAAGCGCUGGGACUGCAUUGUGAUUACAAGAAGUCAUGCGAGGAUGUGUACUGCGAAGUAGCCCGUGCUCUUAUCCAAAACGGACACUAUGAUAUACUGUCUCUCGGCAAUCUAUCCAAAGGAUCCGUUGGCCUUCCCUCCUGGAGUCCAGACUGGUCAAUCAAGAGUCUCCGUAGGCCUCUGCAAGAACGUUCUCUGGACAGAUCAGCCCUACCCCUUACCGCGAUUUUAGAGCCUCCUUUCUCCGCUUCUGGGACUCACAGGGCGCUGGAGCUGUCCGUUGGAAGUGAGGGUGUCGGCCGUAUGCCGCUUUUUCUUCAAGGCGCAGUCUUGAGCACGGUGGGACAACUCGGAACGGUUUGGGGAGCUGAGGGUGUUGGUGUAUGGCUGCACGAUCUAGACAGACUAUGCUCCGUAGCAAAGGACGACACAACCGAGGGACGACAGAAAUCUGUCUGGCGCACUGCAGUGGCCGACCAAGAAAUCCGACAAGGGAAGACGAAGCCGAGAUUCUCAAAGGAGAAGCUGAGCAGUGUGCACGAGGCUUUGAAAGAUAAGGAUUUAAGGCUCACACGAGUGCAGACACUGAUUGAGUCAGGUCUCGGGGACUACUAUGAGCAGCUUCAAGUGGUUGCCGCAGGCCGGCGACCAUUAUCCAUAUCCAGCGGCUACUAUGGGAUUGGGCCUCAUGAAACACGAGAAGGGGACGUUUUCGUCAUUUUCCUUGGAGCCCAAGUGCCGUACAUAUUGCGACGGUGUAAUAAAGGCAACAAUUACCGGCUUGUUGGCGAAGCAUACGUUCAUGGAAUAAUGGAUGGCGAAGCAAUGAAGGAUUUUCCAGCCACGGAGAUGAUAUCACUUGUCUAA